AUGGUAUCUGUCCACGAACUCAUCUCCAUCUCAGAAACCAUUCUCUCUGGUCGAGAGAGGAAAAGAGGCCGCAAACGGGCGCGCGCCGGAGAAUCUUUUGUUGCACUGUUCAAGGUCAUGCCAUUCGUUGCAAUGGAAGUGUGGGAACAUUUGCAAGAACAUACGAAUAUUCCUCGGCGAAUCAAACCAAAGCAUUUUCUGUGGACUUUAUUUUUCUUGAAGCAUUAUAAGGUGAUCCUUUGGGAGAACAGGCUUGAAAGCAGUGCCGCUGCUAAAGUUUCUGUUGAUGGUACAGAUUUUCGUACUGUGGAGUAUUAUCCAUUUGAUCCUCGACGGUGCUCCCAUAAGUUCAAAUGUGCUGCGCUGAGAUAUGAAGUUGCAAUCGCAAUCAAGACUGGCUUCAUUGUUCAUGUGAAAGGUCCCUUCAAGGCAGGAACUUGGACUGACAAAAAAAUCGUCAAAUUGGAACUCCAUGGGAAGCUUGCGCCUGGCGAAUAUUACCUCGCAGAUGGCGGAUACACCAAUAAAAAUAUACAUACUUGUCUGACCUAG